AUGGUAGCUGGGGUGAUAGCAUACGCAGUGAUGACGGGCGAUUGGAUCGAAUCUCAUGCCUUCGUUGUCGCUGGGCAGGAGGCAGUCAGGGAGGCCGACGUUCUGGCUGCGGGCCAAGAGAUUGGAAAGAUUGCGGAGCGCUCAGCAUUUUCUAAGAUCUCGGGAAAUGCGAUCCCGUACUUGUCUCUGGCUACUGAAGGGAGGUACGCAAGGACAGACAUUUUCCCAGACGAUGUGGCGUCCAUGGGAAGAUUCACGAAGGUCCCGGACCAGACGAACAUCAAGCUUUCGUGCCCGCCUCUCACGGAGGGGGAGGCCGCGGCAUACAUGGUUUCCGUGAUCAGAUCCAUCCCCUUUUCUGGAUUUCUCUCCAAACUGUCGCUACUCAAGGCGAGUGGAAUUGUGGUCAAGCACCUCGAGCUGACCUUGUCGAGUGGCAUGUCAGGGGAGCGGCAGAUCGGAGCGUCAACCACGGUCCUUGAGCGCUUUGUGAUCCCGGAAUCCAUCUUCGGGUUUGCAUUCAACAAUCGCUUGGUACCAGGAUCUCCGGGGCAAGUCCUUGAGAGCUUGGCCUCAUCCUAUCCGAAUAGGAUGGUCACGAACUCCUUUGUGGCCAGGGAGCUGGGGGUCCAGUCAAGGAGCUUCACAAUGGCUGCAUCUCUGACGCAGGCCGUGGCCUUCUACAGGUCUGCUUCCCUUGCUUUCGAACUGGAUGGCGACUCAUCAAGCGACACUAUCAAUUCGGCACUGGGCCUGGCAAACCUGACUCGAGGAUCGCCCUGGUCCGGCUUCGGAUCCAUCUUUGGACCGAAGCUAACGACGGCCACAGGAGCUGUUUAUAGGGCGUUUCUUGACCUUUCGGUCGAACUCACCACGAAAUCCCUCGAGGGGGCUGGAAAGAUGCUCCCCGACGAGCUGGGAACUGGAGGGGUGAAGAGGGUGCUUGCCCUCCCCCCGCCAGAGAAGGGCCAGAAGGAUGCUGAAGAGCCUGUACGCCUGGACAAUAUUCAGGAUCUGUGGUACGCAGACCUCUGCAAUGCUUGGUUUGAUCAGAUUCAGAGGCAGCAGCCGUUGCGUGUGCACAUUGUCAAGCCUUCACCUGCGUACCAGACCCGUCCACAGUUCUCAGCAUCCCUGGGCAUCCCCGGUCUUACCCUGUGCAUCAAUGACCGGCUGUUACGCUUCCUUUUGGAUGUCCUAGUAGCGCUGGCAAUGAUGGGGCUGAGUGGUUUCCUUGAGCAUCCACAGUUCCCCACGUGGUGCGCGAGAGCUCCCAGCCGACUUCAACCGGAUUACCACGGCGGAGGCGGCUGA